AGUAGACGGCGAUAGGCCACUGGUAAAGCACUUUACUGACCCCGAGCUGUCGAGAUUAUUUAUUUCAUUUCAACGCCAUUUUCCAACACCGUGUGGAGACUACUGCUCGCAGAUUUAUAUUUUUUGUCAACCCUUCAACGGAAACGAGUAUCCUUCGAGAUGGGAGAACCUGCUCAUCUCAGAGAUUGUCCUCUUGAUUGUAAGGUAUAUGUUGGGAACUUGGGCAACAGUGGAAACAAGACUGAGUUGGAGAGGGCGUUUGGGUACUAUGGCCCCCUGCGUAGUGUGUGGGUGGCGAGGAACCCCCCAGGCUUUGCCUUUGUCGAGUUUGAGGACCCCAGAGAUGCAACUGAUGCUGUGAGAGAAUUGGAUGGGAGGACUCUGUCUGGCUGCAGAGUGAGAGUUGAGUUGUCCAAUGGUGAGAAACGCUCGAGGAGCCGCGGACCCCCACCCUCCUGGAGCCGUCGCCCUGGACGUGAUGACUACAGCAGCAGGCGCCGUGGGAGCCCGCCUGUCAGACGCCGCUCUCCUAGGAGGAGGAGCUUCAGCCGCAGUCGCAGCAGGUCUCCGUCACGAGACAGGAGGAGAGAUAGGUCUAUCUCCAGAGACAGGAACCAUAAACCUUCAAGAUCCUUCUCAAGGUCCCGGAGCCGCUCUAGGACCACGGAGAGAAAGUGAGUGACAGUCUGAAGUCCAACCCUGAGGAUGUCUCUUGUAUUGAAUCAGGUUUUGGAUGAGUGCGUUUCAUUUUUAAAUCAUCUUUUAGAUUUGUUUUUUCUUUCUUCCUUUUUAUGAAGUGAAACGGCCGUGUCUAUCCAUCUUUGAAACAAUUCCGUCUUUGCAAACUGUAUCAUUCACAAAUGACUGUCUUUAUUUUACCAAAUGUGUCCUGUUUUAAUUUGUUUAAAUUUACAUGAUGCAUUGUCAAAUGAGUUAAAAGGAUUGAUUUAGAAAAUGUUUUCAGUCCACGUGGCAAUUAUUUCCCCCAUAAAUUCUGAAGUAGAAUUCAUACAGGAAGUAGCUGUCACACUGCAUGUUGAGUAGAAUGUGGUAACUCAACUACUUUGUAUUUGUUUCUGUUAAACUGUUUGAAGUGAUUGAAUUAAACAUUUGGUAACAGGUU